CCAGAGCGGGGUGAGAACCCCGCAGAGGACAGCGACCCCCCCCCGGGGCUGGUGCCUGGGACAGGACAACCUCCACUUGACUAAGGGCGAUGGGGACUCAGGCCCUACCGGGCCUCUUCGUCCUGCUCAUCCUGUGGCCGCCGCUGCUGCGCCGGGCCUCGGCGGGGAGCCUGCACAGCCCAGACCUGUCCGAGUGCUUCCAGGUGAACGGCGCUGACUACCGCGGCCGCCAGAACCGCACCGGCCCGCGCGGGGCCGGCCGCCCGUGCCUCUUCUGGGACCAGACGCAGCAGCACAGCUACAGCAGCGCCAGAGACCCCCAGGGCCGCUGGGGGCUGGGCGCGCACAACUUCUGCAGGAACCCCGACGGGGACGUGCAGCCCUGGUGUUACGUGGCCGAGACGGAGGAGGGCAUCUACUGGCGCUACUGCGACAUUCCCACGUGUCACAUGCCCGGGUACCUGGGGUGCUUCGUGGACUCGGGGGCGCCGCCGGCUCUGAGCGGCCCCAGCGGCACCUCCACGAAGCUCACGGUGCAGGUGUGCCUCCGCUUCUGCCGCAUGAAGGGCUACCAGCUGGCAGGCGUCGAGGCCGGCUACGCCUGCUUCUGCGGCUCCGAAGGCGACCUGGCCCGGGGACGCCCGGCGCCCGCUACCGACUGUGACCAGAUCUGCUUCGGCCACCCGGGCCAGCUCUGCGGCGGAGACGGCCGUCUGGGCAUCUACGAAGUGUCGGUGGGCUCCUGCCAGGGGAACUGGACGGCGCCGCAGGGGGUCCUCUACUCCCCCGACUUCCCGGACGAGUACGGGCCGGACCGGAACUGCAGCUGGCUGCUGGGCCCCGCGGGCGCCGCGUUGGAGCUCACCUUCCGUCUCUUCGAGCUGGCCGACCCGCGCGACAGGCUGGAGCUGCGCGACGCCGCCUCGGGCCGCCUGCUCCGCGCCUUCGACGGCGCCCGCCCGCCGCCCCCCGGGCCGCUGCGCCUGCGUCCCGCUGCGCUGCUGCUGACUUUCCGCAGCGACGCGCGGGGCCACGCGCAGGGCUUCGCGCUCACCUACCGCGGGCUGCGGGACGACGCCGAGGACGGGGAGCGGCCUCAAGACUCCGCCCAGACCCCCGCGGGGUCCCCCGCCAACACGAGCUGCAGCCCCGGGCCUGGAGCUCCGCAGGCCCGGCCAGGCGCCCGAGUCCUGUCGACGGUGACCGCCGCGUCCCUGCUGCUGCUGCUGCUCCUGUCACUGCUGCGUCUGCUGCGCCGACGGAGCUGCCUGCUGGCUUCGGGGAAAGGGCCGCUGGCGUUGGGGCCUUCCCAGGGCGCGAGGAGAGGCUGGGCUGUGUGGUACCGCCAGCCCCGAGGGGUGGCCCUGCCCUGCCCCUCAGUGGACCCCCAAACAGAGGGCCCUGCCACGGGCUACUGUUCCCUGAGCGCCUCCAGCCAGAGCUCUCUGCGCUCGCUCAUCUCCGCCCUCUGACCCGGACUCCCAGGGUCCACUGGACCCUCUCUACUCGUGCUUGAGAUGGACACUAGGGACGCUGCCCUACCUCGACCCUCUGCCCCUUUAAGGGCAGCUGGGCUCAGCUCAUCUGGAGAAGAUCCGACCUCGGAUAGGAGGCAUUCGGUGCUAUUAUCAGAGACUUGCUCUGGCCCUUGGAGUGCAGCAGGUGGAGGCCAAGGGGCAAGA